GCCUUGGCAGCACUUCCAGCUCACAUCCAUGUUGAGUUGCACGUCCUGUUCCCGUCCAAACUUGAAGAAGAACGCCUCAAGUUAGGGCCAACACUUGACAUGAACACUUUUGCAGACAAGAUUCUGUCUGUGGUUUUCGAACACGCACGCCAUUUGAGAGAGCACGGAGCGGGCGAGAUUGAUAGUACGCUGAGGAGUGUGCUCUUUAGCUCCUUUAAUCAGGACAUCUGUACAGUCAUCAACUGGAAGCAACCCAACUAUCCAGUUCUCCUUUGCAACGAACUCGGCGCAGACAGCUCUCGGUCGCCUUCUGGAAGUACGCACAUUGUCUUGAGCAGCGGCCGCACGAGAAUAUCUGUGAAGGAGGCAGUGCAGAUUGCAAGAGACAACAACUUCAUGGGUCUGAUAUGCAGUUCUCGUCUGCUGUCGCUUGCUCCUGCCCUAAUCGAGUCCAUAAAGACGGCCGGCCUCGUUCUCGUAACAGACAUUAGAGAUUCCCCAACCGAAAACGUUGCGCAGCCUGGAAGCCUACAUGUCGCAAAUCCACGCCGGCAAACCACACCCGAGGGAGUUGACGGCUAUCUGAAGGGGAACGGUGUACUCUGCUUUAAUGAAACGAUUGACAUGUGAACAAGGAUAUGUGGUAAACGGCUUUGUGGGGGAAGGGGGAACAAGGGACUGCCGAGAUUCACUCGGCAGUGUGCUUGUGCUGAAUUAGUGUCUGGGGCCUGUUUCACGACGAAACGUACGAAAUAACGACCAAUUGCUCACUUGACGAUGGCGGGUGAGAAAGACGGUAGAGAAGUUUUCUUGGCGUUUGAAUGGCGGACUGACACUUGGGGUAGAGGCGGCUAUACCCGUUUGGAGCCAAAGGCUGAUGAUGUUGCACUACUUUUUGGGGGUAGGAGGGCUAGUUGUAUAAUGUUUGACUUGAGCGUUUUACCACUACAUUGCUAAGCG